CCUUAGCUUUUCCCUUUACAAUCUCUGAUGGCUCUCAUCAAUCUCACUCCUUCUCCAAACCCCAUCAUUUUCCCACACUUUCUCUCUCCAAACCUCUCUUUUCUUUCCUUCCAAACAACCCCACGUAACACAAGAAGAACCAGAAAAACGAGAGCAGCUCUUCGGGAAUGGAGGGAGUACGAGGAGGCAGUGAAGCGCAAGGACCUUGCUGGGGCACUCAGCUUCUUGAAAUCCAUUGACGACCCAGUUGAGACCGUCAAUGGGUCUGCCUCGCUCGAGUCGACUCGGUCCCGGCUCGCCGAGUUGGGCCUGGUGGUUGGGUACGAGAGGGACUGGGAGGUUCUUGACACGUGUCUCAAUGCUGAUGAUAUGAAGCUUGUGUGUAGCGCUUAUGGGUUCCUCAAGGAUAGGGGCUUCUUGUCCAACUUUGGCAAAUGCAGAAAUAUUGUUUUGGAGGGUCCAAGAAAUGUUACACCGACUGUGUUGAAAUCUUCAACUGGUUUAGAAGUGACUAAACUUUCGCCAAAGAAGUGGGGCGUUUCAGGAAGCUCCAGUGCUGUUCUGAUUGCUUUUCUUGGUGGGGUAUCUUUUCUUCUUUCUAAAGGGAUUGAUGUCAGGCCUAACCUUGCAGCAAUAUUGGGGCUAGCAUUCAUGGACUCUGUCUUCCUUGGUGGCUGCUGUUUAGCUCAAAUAUCAAGUUAUUGGCCUCCAAAUAGGCGCAGGAUCUUGGUUCAUGAAGCAGGGCAUCUCCUGACAGCUUACCUUAUGGGUUGCCCAAUUCGUGGGGUGAUUCUAGACCCAAUUGUUGCAAUGCAAAUGGGCAUUCAAGGGCAGGCGGGAACUCAGUUUUGGGAUGAGAAAAUGGCCAAUGAUCUUGCUAACGGACGACUUGAUGGCACUGCUUUUGACAGGUACUGCAUGGUGCUUUUUGCAGGCAUUGCUGCUGAAGCACUUGUUUAUGGUGAGGCAGAGGGUGGAGAAAAUGAUGAAAAUCUCUUUAUGGGUAUCUGUAUUCUGCUGCAACCGCCAUUAUCUGUAGCUGAGAUGUCAAAUCAAGCAAGAUGGUCAGUUCUUCAAUCUUACAAUCUGCUCAAGUGGCAUAAACAUGCACACCGAGCUGCAGUUAAAGCUUUGGAAAGUGGUGGUAGCCUUAGUGUUGUGAUUAGGAGCAUUGAGGAAGCCAUGUCUUCAAGUAAAUGAAUUGCUGCAGCUUAUAUAUAAUGACCCUUUUCUAUCCCAUAGGUUCAUAAGGUGUUAGUGAUCUGAAGUAUUACUGGGUUUGACGUAGGCCUCAUUUUAUUGGUCUGUCUGCUCUCAUCUCUUCACUACCUGAAGUAACACCUUAACUAAAGUUCAUACAUAUCAAGUGGCUAGAUCUGUUGAAGAUGAAGUGCCCUUGGUUAUGCCUUUGUUGGUACAAUGUAGUACUACGAAUGGAAGGUCUAUGCUGGAGAAAGAAAGAAAUGCAAUUUGCCAUGAGCUAGGUACCUGUGUUGGGAGGAAUAGAGACAAAUUAUAGUUGUGAUAAGCCUUGCAAUGUUGUUUUGGUUGUGUUUUGGCUUUCUUGUAUGUCUGAUUAUGCUGUAGGUAUAAAUUAUAGUUGCUGACAAGAACAUAGGAUCUUCCUGAAUGUGCUCAGGAAUAUGGUUGCUAACAAGUAUACAGGAAGUAAAUUGUGGCUUGAUUGUUAAACAUUAAUAGGCUUUUGUCUUUUGCUAUGAUUCAUGUAAUAUGCAUUGUGUACAGUUUUAAUUAACUUGAACUUUCAGGUCUGA